AUGGAAUAUACAUAUCAAUAUUCAUGGAUCAUACCUUUCAUUCCCCUUCCAACUCCUAUGUUAAUAGGAGUAGGACUUCUACUUUUUCCAACGGCAAUAAAAAAUCUUCGCCGUAUGUGGGUUUUUCCUAGUGUUUUACUGUUAAGUAUAGUUAUGAUUUUUUCCGCCCAUAUAUUUAUUCAACAAAUAAAUAACAGUUCUAUUUAUCUAUCUGUAUGGUCUUGGACCAUCAAUAAUGAUUUUUCUUUAGAAUUUGGCUACUUAAUUGAUCCACUUACUUCUCUUAUGUUAAUAUUAAUCACUACUGUUGGAAUUAUGGUUCUUAUUUAUAGUGAUAAUUAUAUGUCUCAUGAUCAGGGAUAUUUGAGAUUUUUUGCUUAUAUGAGUUUUUCUAAUACUUCAAUGUUAGGAUUAGUUACUAGUUCAAAUUUGAUACAAAUUUAUUUUUUUUGGGAAUUAGUUGGAAUGUGUUCUUAUCUAUUAAUAGGUUUUUGGUUCACCCGACCUAUUGCAGCAACUGCUUGUCAAAAGGCGUUUGUAACUAAUCGUGUAGGGGAUUUUGGGUUAUUAUUAGGAAUUUUAGGUUUUUAUUGGAUAACGGGUAGUUUAGAAUUUAGGGAUUUGUUUGAAAUAUUCAAUAACGUGGUUGAUAACAAUGAAGUUGAUUUUUUAUUUGUUACUUUGUGUGCCUGUCUAUUAUUUGCCGGUGCAGUUGCUAAAUCUGCCCAAUUCCCCCUUCAUGUAUGGUUACCCGAUGCUAUGGAAGGACCUACCCCUAUUUCCGCUCUUAUACACGCUGCUACUAUGGUAGCAGCCGGAAUUUUUCUUGUAGCUCGGCUUCUUCCGCUUUUCAUAGUUAUACCUUUCAUAAUGAAUCUAAUAGCUUUUAUUGGGAUAAUAACAUUACUUUUAGGAGCCACUUUAGCUCUUGCUCAAAAAGAUAUUAAGAAGGGUUUAGCUUAUUCUACAAUGUCUCAAUUGGGUUAUAUGAUGUUGGCUCUAGGUAUGGGGUCUUAUCGAGCGGCUUUAUUUCAUUUGAUUACUCAUGCUUAUUCGAAAGCAUUGUUGUUUUUAGGAUCCGGAUCAAUUAUUCAUUCCAUGGAAACAAUUGUUGGAUAUUCUCCAGAUAAAAGCCAGAAUAUGGUUCUUAUGGGCGGUUUACGAAAACAUGUACCAAUUACAAAAACUGCGUUUUUAUUAGGUACACUUUCUCUGUGUGGUAUUCCACCCCUUGCGUGUUUUUGGUCCAAAGAUGAAAUUCUUAGUGAUAGUUGGUUAUAUUCACCGAUUUUUGCAAUAAUCGCUUGUUCCACAGCUGGCUUAACUGCCUUUUAUAUGUUUCGGAUCUAUUUACUUACUUUUGAAGGACAUUUAAACCUUCAGUUUCAAACUUACAGUGGUAAAAAAAAUAGCUCGUUCUAUUCAAUAUCUCUAUGGGGUAAAGAAGGGCAAAAAGUUAUUAAAAAAAAUGUUACUUUAUUAACUUUAUUAACAAUGAAUAAUAAUGAAAGGGCUUCUUUUUUUUCUAAAAAGACAUAUCGAAUUGAUAGUAAUCUAAGAAGCAUGAUGCGCCCUUUUAUUACUAUUAGUCAUUUUGGAACUAAGAACACUUUCUCAUAUCCGCAGGAAUCGGACAAUACUAUGCUAUUUCCUAUGCUUGUAUUAGUACUAUUUACUUUGUUCAUUGGAUUCAUAGGAAUUCCUUUCUUCAAUCAAUUCAAUCAAGAAGCUGUGGAUUUGGAUAUAUUAUCAAAAUGGUUAAACCCAGCGAUAAACCUUUUACAUCCAAAUCCAAAUACUUCUGUGGAUUUGUAUGAAUUUAUUUCAAACGCAACUUUUUCAGUCAGUAUAGCUUUUUUUGGAAUCCUUAUAGCGUCUUUUUUAUAUAAGCCGGUUUAUUCCUCUUUACAAAAUUUGAAUUUCUUUAAUUCAUUUGUUAAAAGUAUUCCUAAAAAAAUAAAAAUUCUUGGGGAAAAACUAUUAAAUGGGAUAUAUGAUUGGUCAUAUAAUCGUGGUUACAUAGAUGUUUUUUAUGCAAUAUGCUUAACUAAAGGUAUAAGAGGAUUGGCUCAACUAACUCAUUUUUUUGAUAAACGAAUAAUUGAUGGAAUUACGAAUGGUGUCGGUAUUGCGAGUUUUUUCGUAGGAGAAGGUAUCAAAUAUGUGGGGGGCGGUCGAAUUUCUUCCUAUCUCUUAGUCUAUAUAUCUUAUGUAUUAAUCUUUUUAUUAAUUUACUUUUUAUUUUCUUUUAAUUUAUAA